ACACAGGGUGCAGGGUGUUGUAUAAAAGCAGGAAGUACAAGAGGGGCUGGAGCGAGUAUGGUUUUUAUGAGUGAGCGUCGUCGUAGUAUCACCAUCAGGAGGGUUGAAUUAAACGAGUGGGAGCAAGAAGGGAUGCAAGUAAGGGGCGACAGAUGUCCUGUCGAUGACGCAUUACAUGGUGCUACGGUGGUUGUUGUUGUAUUUCACUACCCGUCUUCGUAGCUGCUUAUGCUGUCACACACUAAAACUCAAGACCACUCGGAAUCAGUGUGUUUGUGCUGCUGUCACUGAGAUCUCUGCUGAUAAUUACAUGAGCAUCAGCAUCAUGGAUUAGUAGACUUCUUGGAAAUAUUUUGAAAGAUAUGGCGCACGGCUGAGAAGUGUCACUCGCUUUACAAGUCGGUGUUCGUGGAAAAUAAAAGAGUUUCCAGCAUCGACUCUGUAGCUCUCCAACUGGACGUCGUGGGAUCUUGAGUCUCGAGGGUAAAAAAAAAGGAAAAUAAAACCAGCAGAACGAAUAUAAUACUCGAGAGUUGAGUAGAGGAUGUGCGAGAUAUCCAAGAGCCAGCGGAGGACAUAUCGGGAUCAAGAUCCGCCGCGAAUUCUCAAAGACGCCGGCAAUGAUAAUAAAAUCGGCGACAAUGACAAUCCGAUGGGCACGAUGACGACCGAAAAAGUAUCUGCAGUGGUAACGGAGGAGCUGGAAUUCUUCAGGAAGCAUCAGCAACACCAGCAGAGGUGGGAAGAGGCGUCGAUCACGGCCGAACUCGUUCGCAACCGAGUUGUAGACUCCACGGUCAGUUGUGAGCGAGACAACAACGCGAGUGUAAGUGUUGUGAACGACGCUGCAGUAAAAGUGCCUUCCUUAUCAUCAUCUUCAUCAGCAUCAACACCACUACCUCCACCACCUCCACCUCCACCGCCAUCAUCAAUAUCAUCAUCAUCCUCUACGAUAUCCGGGACAACUCCUAAAGAGGUGAUUACUAACGGCCUUAAGAGAGACCACGAUAGCUGCGAGUUUUUAACAAACGGUGAAGAAAUGGCCCCAAUAAUGGGAGUACCUCCGCCUCCACCUGCUCCUCAUAUGGGUCCAGAUGGUCUAAUUUUACCCCGUAAGCCUUACAACCCGUGCCUCAUAUCCAAUAAUCAUAAAGACCUUCGCAGAGAGUUAUUAUUCAACCAAAAAAUAGGUAAAAAUGUUCUUAAUCAGAAAAGUGAACUUCAGAGAGCUCUAGAGAGACAACGAGAAGCAGCAAUGAGACGCGAAACAGAAAGAAAUCGUGAAGAAAGCUAUAAAGAUGAUCCAAGGACGGCAUUGCAGAGAGCACUUGAACAAAGAGCUCGGCAAAUCCAACUUAUGGAACAUCCGCCAGCAGUUGAACCACCAAAUCCAUUAGUGACCGCGAGAGCAAAAUUACGGACACGCACGGAUUCACAGUGAUGAGAAAAAUAAAAAAAACUAAAAUAAAAAUAAA